AAUUAAGAUUUUCUCUAUUUUUAAAUAGUGAACCUCCGAUGGAUUGGACUCCAAUCAGUUGACACGAAAUUAAUUAACUGUGAUUAGUUAAUUGGUUUUUUCAUUUUCUCAAAUGUUGUUGGUUAAUAGGUUCACCUUUUUUUUGUUUACCUUUUUUUCAUUAACCUUAAAGGUUUGAUUUAAUUAAUCAACUGGUGUUAAUUGUCUGGCGACUUGUAUAUCAUCUUGUUGAUUGUGAUUAACUCAGCAAAUUAGUUGAUACAUUGUACUAAUUAACCAACGGAUUGUUUAGUAUCCAUGGAAGAUAUUUCUGGAAAGUGAAUAUACAUUUCAAAAGAUUCUCAAUUUCAUCUUGAGUGUCGAAAAUUUUGUUUACUUGGACUUGAUUAAUCAACAAUUAACAGAAUUUGUAUAUAAAUUGUUGCAGAUUUUUCUUCUAUUCGAGUUGAAAAUUUAAUUGGAAAUCACAAUUGAUUUAUUGGAGUUUUUUUACACCAAAGGAAAUAGAUUUGGAAAAGUUUAACAUCAAUAACAAUUCAAAAAAUACAUCAACUAAAUUGUGAUUAAAUUGGUCAAUGAAAGCGGUGGUAUAACUAUAAUUAAGAUUGAAUAACGGAUACAAUUAAGAUGAUCAACUUCCCAUUCUAAUUGAAAUGAUUUUCUCUCACUGGAAAAUUAAGGAUUUCCAAUAAUAAUUUAGAACCCAAUUUUUCAAUCUAGUGAUUAAGUUGAUUUUUCCCUUUUCCCUUGAUUUUAAUUGUUGUGCUCCAAAGUGAUUUAUUCCAGUGAUUAACUAACAAUUAAUCAGAUGUUUACACUGGAUGGUUUAAUUUUUCAUCAUUACAAUAACAAGAUCAUAAUGUUUAAUCAUUAUCAUUAAUUCAAGAUCCAAUGGCGAGAUAAUCAUGAUGAAUAUAACCAAUCAUCUCUAAAAGAAGCAACUAAUUAAAGUGUAUGGCGAAUAUACUAAUUGUUUACAAUUUAAUAAUGAAUGGAAAAAGUCAGACAAUUUAAUCAUAAUUCAAUUGUUACCUUGUCCGAGUGAACUUUUCCUGCAAUUAGAAUCAUCAACAACAACAACAACAAUAAAAGUAAAAUCUCCAAGUAAACCACAAGAAUUAAUUAAUUUCAUAUCAACACCAACCAUCCAGUUUCCAAUUGGGAUAAUUAUCAACAAUUUACCGAUUGUUGAAUCAUCAUAAUUAUUGUUAACCAAAGUGUAAUUUAAACAAUCAAGCCAACAAAAAGUAACGGUCAUGGAACAGGUCGGAGAUAUGAAGAAUUUAUUUCUUAUUCUUUAAUCAUCAUUUCAAUCGGAUAAUUAAAUUGUUAUCACGUAACAAUUAGGCGGUACUUAAAUCAACUCAUCAUCAGUUGUCAUCAUCAUUGGCGUCAUCACCAGAAGAUAGAAAGAGAGAGAGAGAGAGAGAAACAAAAUUCAAUGUUGUUGUUUACUAAGUUAGAAGGUGAAGGAAAACCCCAUUGAAAAAGAUUCUCAAGGAAACCAAGUGAAAAGUGUCAUUCUUUUUUUCAAUUAAUUGCAACAAUCAGUGUUUUCUCUUGUUAAUUGCGAAUAAUUAAGUGAAAUUUAAAUUGCUUAAAGAAAACGAUUAAAAUGAUCGUUUAUCUCAAGUGAACCAGUAAACAAGAUUUUGACCAAAUAGAAAUGAUGAAAUCUGGUUAACUUAUUACUUUCAAUGGAUUUUUAAUUUUUGUUUUUGUUUCUCUUUUUAAAUCAUGUUGUUUACCUUCAAUGUUAAUUUAGUGUUAAUUAAGUUAAUCAUCUAAAUGGUAUCCAAAGGUUUUUCUCGUUUUCAUCUUAACUCUUUAUUAAGGGUUGUUAAUCCUUCAUCAACAAUAAUUGAUACUUUACCUUCAUCUUCAUCUUCAUCAUCUUCAUCAUCAUCAUCUUUACCUUCAUGUGAAUUACCACCUUUAGUUUCAGUUCCAUCCCGGUCUCGACAUGAUUGGGGUUCAUGGGAUAAUCGAAUUGAUUUUAAUAUUCUCCUGCAAGAAUCAAUUAAUUAUGGUAAACCAAUUCCAAAGAUAACAACAGACAUGGCGGGAUCCGCUUCUGUUAUUGGGAGACGAUCAACUAAUGAAGAUCGUAUCAGAAUUAAAGAGUUGAGACCUGAUCUUCUUUAUUUGGCCAUAUUUGACGGACAUGGAGGGUCACUUGCUGCCGAUUUUUGUUACCAAAAAAUGGAACAAUAUAUCACCUAUUGGUUACAACGAGGAGAAACUGAUCUUGAGGCGGUUUUGCAAAACGCUUUUAUCGAAGUUAACAACGCACUCGCCCGACAUAUAGCGCUUAAGGUUAAAGAAAAGGAAUCCAUGUUUUCCGGAACAACGGCCACUGUUUGUCUUCUCAAAAAUUCCGUUGAAUUAACGAUUGCCAAUGUUGGCGAUAGUCGAGCUUUACUCUGUCGUAAUGGCGAUGCUCGUAAAUUGACCAUUGACCAUAGUCCAUCUCUCAAGUCAGAAAAGGAACGGAUAAUGAAAUCAGGAGGAUCAAUAAUUGCAAACAGUCAUGGAACUGGAUUAGUUAAUGGUCGCCUUGCAAUGACCCGAAGUAUUGGUGAUUUAGAUCUUAAACCUUAUGGAGUAAUUGCUUUACCUUAUACACGAUCUCUUGAGAUUAAACAUGGAAAGGAUUCUUUCCUAGUUAUGGCCACUGAUGGUGUCAGUUUCGUAAUGAAUGACCAGGAGAUCGUCGAUGCUGCCUCUCGAUGUAGUACCCCAUCCGAGGCUGCUAAUUUUAUCGCAGAACAAGCUCUUCACUAUGCUUGCGAUGAUAACGCUUCGACAAUUGUAAUUCCCUUUGGUGCCUGGGGCAAAACUUCACACAAUCGAAACACAGUUUCAUAUGGUUCCUUUGGCCGCGAACUUUGUCGAAGUAAUCGAUACUAACAAUCGAAUUAACCAAUUUCUUAUCAUCCAUCACAAUCAAAAUUAAUCAUCUUAUUUAAAGAAACAUUUUCCUUCAUUAAUUGUUUCGUUAAUCAUCGUUAAGCAUUUAAACUCAUCUUUAAUUAACUUACGUUGAUCAAGUUGAAAGAAAUUAACAAAGAAAACAUGUAACUAUUUUUUUCUUUCUCUCUCUUAAUCUCUUUCCAAGUUCUAAAAAGUGAUUUUCAAGGAUUUUUAUCCUUUAACUGUAAAUUAAAAUUAUCACAAGUUAUUGAAAUAAACAAUUAAAAAUCUAAAAAA